AAAAGAGCCGUUGUGGAGGUUCAAGCCAAUCGGGUGUGGACAAUACUCCGAGCCGCCUUGAAUCAAUUUAAUCCAUUAUAAAGCGCGCUCUCUCCUCCUUUUCUCUGAUUUGUUCCUAACCCCUCUUCUUUCAAAGUUCGGAGUGUAUUUGCAGAGAAGCCAUCUCUAGGGUUUUCAAUGCUCUUCCUCUGUUUUGUUGAAGAUUUACGUAGACAGAUAGAUAUACCGCUAUUCUCUUCUUCAUGGCUGUUUUAAUGUCUAUUCCAUCGGCGUAUCUCCGGUUGCAAUCUACUUCAGAACCGAAUUUUGGCCAUCCAUUCUAAUGCCAGUGAAUGGCUCGGUUUCAGUCUUUCACUAUCGAUUUCUCUUACAUCUGCAUCACCUUCGUAACCCUAAUCUUUAACUCUAGCCUCCUUUUCGCUUACACAAACCAUGAUUUCUCGAUAAUCGAUUUAGAUUCCAAUCUAUUUCACCAGGACUACUCGCCCCCGGCCCCGCCACCACCACCGCCUCAUGGGCCGUCUGUGUCUUGCGUGGAUGAUCUUGGCGGCGUUGGCUCCCUGGACUCUACUUGUCAAAUAGUUUCCGAUUUGAAACUCACCCGCGACGUGUACAUAGCAGGGAAGGGCAAUUUUUAUAUCCUCCCUGGCGUGAGAUUCCAUUGUCCCAUUACGGGGUGUUCAAUAACGGUUAAUAUUACUGGAAACUUUACCUUAGGUGCCAAUUCUUCGAUUGUGACAGGAGCUUUUGAGCUGGUUGCUUGCAACGCGAGUUUUCUCAAUGGUUCCGCCCUGAACACUACAGGAACGGCGGGAAAUCCGCCACCCCAAACAAGUGGAACUCCUCGUGGGAUUGAUGGGGCGGGCGGGGGCCAUGGUGGUAGGGGCGCUGCUUGCCUUGCUGAUAAGAGCAAGCUGCCGGAGGAUGUGUGGGGAGGGGAUCCGUACUCAUGGUCAACGCUGGAUAAACCCUGUAGCUAUGGAAGCAGGGGAGGAAGCACCAGUAAGGAAGUGGACUAUGGAGGGGGAGGCGGUGGGAAGGUCAUGAUGGUGAUUGAAGGAUAUUUGGUGGUGGAUGGCUACGUUUUGGCUGAUGGGGGCGAUGGUGGUAACCAGGGUGGCGGUGGCUCUGGUGGUAGUAUCUUCAUUACGGCCCAAAAAAUGAGUGGAAGUGGCAGGAUAAGUGCCUGUGGCGGUAAUGGUUUUGGAGGAGGUGGUGGUGGAAGAGUUUCACUACAUGUGUUCAGUCGGCGUGAUGAGCUGCAGAUUUUUGCCCAUGGGGGAAAUAGUUUAGGCUGUCCAGAAAAUGCUGGUGGUGCGGGAACGUUUUAUGAUGCUGUACCUCGGAGCCUUACUGUUAGCAAUCAGAAUAAGUCAACAGACACAGAGACACUACUUUUAGAGUUUCCUAAUCAGCCCCUUUGGACAAAUGUAUACAUUCGAAAUUGUGCCAGGGCUUCUGUCCCCCUGCUCUGGAGUCGUGUCCAGGUUCAAGGGCAAAUAAGCCUGUUAGGUGGUGGCGUAUUGAGCUUUGGGCUGGCUCAUUAUGCUUCAUCAGAGUUUGAAGUACUGGCAGAAGAACUUUUAAUGAGUGACUCCACGAUCAAGGUUUAUGGCGCUCUUCGCAUGUCGGUAAAAAUUUUCUUGAUGUGGAAUUCCAAAAUGCUCAUUGACGGUGGUGGAGAUGCAACUGUUGCAACUUCCAUGCUCGAGGCCAGUAAUUUGGUUGUUCUCAAGAAAUCAUCUGUCAUACGUUCUAGUACGAAUCUGGGAGUUCACGGGCAAGGCUUAUUGAAUUUGUCUGGGCCUGGGGAUCAGAUUGGAGCUCAACGCCUGGUUUUGUCCUUAUUUUACAGCAUUCAUGUCGGACUUGGAUCUGCUUUGCGGGGUCCCCUAGAGAAUGCAACAACUGAUGCUGUUACCCCGAAGCUCCAUUGUGAACCGCAAGAUUGCCCUGUUGAACUACUUCAUCCUCCCGAAGAUUGCAAUGUGAAUUCAUCUCUUUCAUUUACUCUUCAGAUCUGCCGAGUUGAGGAUAUCUCUAUUGGAGGCCUCAUAAAAGGAUCUGUUGUUCAUUUCCAUCGAGCAAGAACUAUAUUCGUGCAAUCUUCUGGAACCAUAAGUGCAUCUGGGAUGGGCUGUACUGGUGGUGUGGGUAGAGGUACUACUCUUGUCAAUGGUAUUGGAAGUGGUGGUGGCCAUGGUGGCAAAGGUGGUCCUGGAUGUUACAAUGGUACUUGCAUUGAAGGUGGUGUUGCAUAUGGAAAUGCAGCGUUGCCUUGUGAACUUGGUAGUGGUAGUGGGAAUGAGAGUUCAGCCGGUUCAACUGCCGGUGGUGGUAUUAUAGUGAUAGGGUCAAUGGAGCAUCCGUUGUCAAGUUUGUCUGUUGAAGGUUCAGUGGAAGCUGAUGGGGAAGGUUAUGGAGAUACUCCUGGGAAUAAAGAAAAUAUUAAUGGUCUGAGUGGAGGACCUGGAGGUGGUUCUGGUGGAACUAUUUUACUGUUUUUGCGGACAUUGGAUGUCGGUGAGUCUUCCAUUCUCUCGAGCAUUGGGGGGAAUGGUAGUCUCAAUGGAGCUGGUGGAGGAGGUGGUGGACGGGUUCACUUUCAUUGGUCUGACAUUCCUACUGGAGAUGUGUACCAGCCCAUUGCUAGCAUGAGAGGAAGCAUUCAUACUGGGGGAGGGUUGGGUGGAGAGGAGGGUGGUGCUGGAGAAAAUGGAACAGUGACUGGGAAAGCUUGUCCAAAAGGGCUGUGUGGAAUUUUUUGUGAGGAAUGCCCUGCUGGAACUUACAAGAAUGUUAGUGGGUCUGAUAGAGCUCUUUGCCGUUCUUGCCCUGCAAAUGAGCUUCCUCAUCGUGCCAUUUACAUAGCAGUCCGAGGCGGCGUUGCUGAAACACCUUGUCCUUACAGAUGCAUUUCGGACCGAUAUGACAUGCCACACUGUUAUACAGCUCUUGAAGAGUUGAUCUACACCUUUGGUGGGCCAUGGUUAUUUGUUCUUCUUCUUGUAGGUCUUCUCAUCCUAUUAGCACUGGUGCUUAGUGUUGCUCGAAUGAAAUUUGUUGGGGUUGAUGAAUUGCCUGGCCCAGCGCCCACUCAACAUGGCUCUCAAAUAGAUCACUCGUUUCCUUUUCUUGAGUCACUGAAUGAGGUUAUAGAAACAAAUAGAGCUGAGGAGUCCCAGAGCCAUGUUCAUAGAAUGUAUUUUAUGGGCCCAAAUACUUUCAGCGAACCUUGGCAUCUUCCGCAUACUCAUCCAGAACACGUUAAGGAGAUUGUAUAUGAGGGUGCAUUCAGUGCAUUUGUGGAGGAGAUUAAUGCCAUAGCUGCUUAUCAAUGGUGGGAAGGUGCAAUGCACAGCAUUCUUUGUGUUCUAGCAUAUCCACUUGCAUGGUCAUGGCAGCAGUGGCGCCGGCGAUUGCAAUUGCAACGACUGCGUGAAUUUGUUCGAUCAGAGUAUGACCAUGCGUGCUUACGUUCUUGUCGUUCACGAGCUCUAUACGAAGGGAUCAAGGUCGCUGCAACUUCUGAUUUAAUGCUUGCUUAUGUGGACUUCUUCAUUGGUGGAGAUGAAAAGAGACCAGAUCAUCCUCCUCAUCUCCGUCAAAGAUUUCCAAUGCCUAUAAUAUUUGGGGGUGAUGGAAGUUACAUGGCUCCUUUCUCUCUUCAAAACGAUAAUAUUCUUACUAGCCUUAUGAGCCAGUUGGUCCCACCUACUACUUGGUACCGACUAGUGGCUGGUUUGAAUGCGCAAUUGCGCCUAGUUCGUCGUGGAUGGCUACGAGUAACAUUUCUUCCUGUCCUUAGAUGGCUUGAAACUCAUGCGAAUCCUGCAUUGAGAAUGCAUGGUGUACAUGUUAAUCUUGCUUGGUUUCAGGCUUCAGCUUGUGGUUAUUACCAGUAUGGACUCUUGGUGUACGCUGUUGAAGAUGAGAGCGUCCUAACAUCAAUUGAAAGUAUAGAUGGCACCAAAGACGCUGAGGGACCACCACGUGUAAGGAACAUGCAUACAGAGAAUCCAUCUGAUCGUACUGGUAGUUUGACAGACGAACCCCUCUUAAUCCAAGCACCCAGAACUAGUGAAAACUAUCUGAGGGGAAGAAGAAGUUAUUGCAGCGUUAUAGAUGCUAACAGUCUAAGGAUGCUUGAAGAGAAGAGAGACAUAUUUUAUCUUCUCUCUUUUGUUGUUCAUAAUACUAAACCUGUUGGCCACCAGGAUCUUGUUGGCCUAGUCAUUUCAAUGCUGCUUUUAGGAGAUUUUAGCUUAGUAUUGCUUACUUUACUACAGUUAUAUUCAAUUUCUUUGGUAGACGUCGUUCUGGUUUUGUUGAUUUUACCUCUCGGCAUUCUUCUACCCUUUCCUGCUGGAAUCAAUGCUCUAUUCAGUCAUGGACCCAGGCGUUCUGCUGGCCUUGCACGAGUCUAUGCGUCGUGGAAUGUUACGUCCUUCAUUAAUGUUGUUGUGGCAUUCCUCUGUGGAUUUAUUCACUAUAUUAGUUCUUCAUCGGGUAAAAGAUUUCCGAGUUUUCAGCCAUGGAAUAUUAGCAUGGAUGAAAGCGAAUGGUGGAUCUUUCCAGCUGGACUGGUUUUGUGUAAAUUGUUGCAAUCUCAACUUAUUAACUGGCAUGUCGCAAAUUUGGAGAUUCAAGACCGCUCACUGUACAGUAACGAUUAUGAGCUGUUCUGGCAGUCAUGAUAAGUAUAUCUAUUCACAGCUGAAUCCCACAUUGACAAAAUUCUUUAUUUCCAUUUCUUGUUUUUAUUUUUAUAUUUUUGAGGGUUCCAGAGAACGGUUGACAUAGUAAAAAUACGAGGUGGGAAAAAGAUGAUGAAAAUACACAGUUAAGAUUAAGAGGCAUUGAUUUCAUGCAAAUGCCAUGUAGCAGCACAGUUUUGUUUCUUUGAUCCGAGAACUUUUAUGUGUAAUAUAAAAUAUAAAAAGGGGGGAAUGCCCUUUGUUUAGAGAUUUCAUUUUGUACA